CUUCGCUGUCAGGCAUGAAUUCUCGCGCUGAUGUUCCCCUGCUGAAAACACCCUCGUCUUCCACUUGACCGGGUUUAAAUGAACCUGUAGUGGGCCAGCUGCUUCGCGACGUUUUUCUUGUGGACGGUAAACGAACGUGAGCCGUAAGUUUACUAAAUAUAAUGGAAAGCUGGAAGAAUCACGUGCGUGCUCGACUUCUGCAGAGAGACCACAAAGAGAAACAUCCAUUUGUUGGCGUUUUUACGACCUUGUCUCAGCUGGAGGAGCGAUGUGAACUGCGCCAACAUAUUUUGGAGGAUGUUCAGUGUAAGAGUCUGGAAAAAGGUGGUGUUGAAGUUGAGAAAAACACCAGACUCAUUCAACUCCAGCUGAGAGAAAGUGAACACUUGGCAGACAAGUUGUCUCAAACUGUGUCCGACCUGACCACUGUCCUGUAUCUGAAAGAGGCUGAACUACAGUACUGGCAGUCAUGUGUGUCCCAAUACCGUCAAGAGGCACUCACUCUGGCCAAAGGAAGUAAAAACCUGAAGGCAACCAUCUCAGAGUUUGAGUUCGCUAUAGAGACUCAGUCAAAAGAAUUAUCAGCCCUGCGUUUGGAGCAGAAAGGACUGAAGGAGUCACUGGCACAAGCUCAAAUAGACAAAGAAAGACUUCUGCAGCGAUGGAUCGAGGAAAAAAGGGAGGCGGCAGACAGGCUGAACACCUACAACGACAUACAGGAAAGGUGGCAACAUUUGGCCAAACAGCUGAAGAAGCACCUCCAGAAGGAGGGGAGGAAAGUAGUGAGCUCCCAUCAUGACAAGCUCAUUGAAACAUGCAAGAGAAACAACCGCAUCAGUCAUUUAGAGAAUCAAUAAUACAACGCAUGUAUACGAAGGACGUUUGGAUCACAACUUUCCCUUUUGCUGCAGCAAACGUUAAGUUAAACAGUUCUGCUCUUGUAAGCUCCUCAUCAGUGCAUGUCUGGAUGAAAACAGAACUGACAGCAUCGACUUUCUGCUGAUUAUAGGACAAUGGUUUAGCUAUGCUUUUUAAUUUAUGCAAAUAUUAAUCAAUUGUUCAUUGUAGUCUCUCAUUUCCUGUUUUAAUUUCAGUGUGUUAAAUUACCUACAUUUAGUGGUAUGGCCCGAGUCACCCUUAUCCAGUUAACAUCAGAUAAGCUCCAGUGAACUCAACAUGUCUGAACUUUGUCUCGAAUGACAAAUGUUACUCCAGAAAUCCCUACAGAUAUGUCAUAUCAUGUGAUUAACCACUUAAAGAACUUCUGCUCUUUUGGCUCACAUUAUUUCAAGUUUUUUUUUUAAAUUAACAACCUUGUGUUUACUUUUUAACA